AUGGUUGUCAAGGGUUCUUGUAACUGCGGCCGCAUCCGCAUCACCAUGGACAAUCCCACACCGUCUGGGGGUGGCGUGAUGAUCUGCUACUGCCUCAAUUGUCGAAAGCAGAGUGGUGCCGCCGGCACCUAUGUCGUCGUGGUGGAGAACAAAGACAUGGUCUUGAACGGUCGUCCCAAGAAAUUUCUCGACACCAACACCGCCUGUGGCCGACCACUGGAUCGAUACUUCUGUUAUAACUGUGGAUGUCCGAUCAUGUACCAAAGUGAGACUGUUUUGCCCGGGAAAUCACUCUUAAUGUUUGGUCUCUUUGAUGAUAUUCCCAAGCCGGUGGCAGAGGUGUGGACUAAGCGUCGGCCGGAGUGGAUGGUAGAGAUUCCAGAUGUUUUACAGUAUGUUACGGAUAUCCCAGACGACGUGAGCGGAGAGGAGGCCAAGAAACUAGGCUGUAGAUUCUGCCCAUCUCCAGCGACAAGUAAGAAGGCGCAAUCCUGGUUACUACUUACCAGUGAUAAACAUCAGCCAGAGUUUCCCGCAAGGCCGCUUUCAGUGACGGGACAAACAACAAGCCGGAUUUUGGAAUGGCCGCUGGCAUGCUAUUUAUUCAUCUAUUUCACACCAUUACUGUUGGAUUCAAGAAAGCAUUUCAACGUCCAGGAAAUCCAGCAGUAUACAAUAGACCGAAAUGUCAAAUACUUCCAAGGUAAAUGUUCACAUUACCGUUACAUAGCGAGGGCCAUGGUACACCAUGAAGGUAUUACUGGCCGUGGCCUGUAUGCAAUAUUGCAUAUCUGGAACCAGGGCAUAUUUGUUAUUGUAUGA